AUGGCACCAUCACCCGAGACUCUGCAAGAAAUUGCCAACCAAGCCGAGAGAGACCUGAACUCUUACGAGGCCAAGACCGGUGCAAACAAGACUUCACCCAGCGACGAGGCCGGUGUCGACUCCAGAGUCGAGAACAAGUUCCCGGGCGCGGAAGUUAAAUACGGCUCCGACCUGAGCACCAACGCCAGCUACAACAAGCGCAUCCCGCCUGAGGAGGGUGGAGAGGUAGAUGCUCGCGGACGCCAAACACGCGGCGAGCACUUCGAAGGCAACGGCGGCCCGGAAGACAAGCUGCGCCAACAAGAAUACGACUACGGCGGCCACAACACGCUCGACGCGACAGGCAAGCGCCAGCACGACAUCGGCUCCAUGAGCGCAACCGACCCCACCGUACCGUUCAGCAGCGGCGGCGACGCCAUGCCCGAGGGCAAGGCGGCGGUAGAGUCGAACAUCGCCGGCACCACGUACGCGCCGCGAAAGAACCAGUUCAAGGGCUCCGACUACUACGACCCGGAGACCGUACCUGGGAGCAUCUCGGCUGAGGGCAACGAGGCGCCGGGCAGCGUUACCCAGGCUUCGCGGGAGGCUGAGUAUCCCUCGUGA